AUGAUGAACGACGGGCGUGGCGGGCAACUCAGUCAAGGGCCUUCCGAUGACGAGACUGCCGCGAGUAUUGAGAACGAUGCCCUGGGCGCGUCAACAAUAGCAACACCCCAGAGAUCAGCCUGCACAAGGUAUACUCAAACACCGCGCUCCCCCAAGCUAUCGUUCUCAAGCGCUGAGGGCUUGACUCAAGGUCCACUCGACCAAGCAGUCAAGCAGGCUGAUCGUAUCACGACCUCGGAGCGCAAGAGUCACACGCCCGGGCAGAGUCAACCACCCAAACAUGAUUCACAAAAUGCAACAACCAUCGAUAAUCCCGCCUCUUCCUCAGCCGAGCAUGUGCAUGACUUAAGAGUGGCCCACCGCAACACGAAUGGCAGCUCAGAAUACGCAGAGCUCGAGGGAAAUCGGUGCAAGGAUCCUCUUCACACUCCCCCACUCAAUCACGAUGGGGGAGAUAAACCUCACUCACUUAAAUCUGAACAAAGUCACGACUCGCCAUACUUAGGCCAAUCUCAUAGAGGUCAAGCGGCGCGGUCCGGUGUAUAUACGGAAAUUGGCCUCUCACAAAAAAGAACCGCAACGGGAGACGUCAAGCUACCAUCAACACAAACGACGUCGCCGCGGUCAUCACUUCCUGAGGGUUACCUUCGACGUCGUUCUCGAAGCACAAAUUCACCGUCCAGUGGAAGGAGCCGCAUAGCACAGCUGUCUGUCCAUAUCCGAACUCGACUCUCUUACGCCGCCGCCAAAAUUGAGAGAUCCCAAGAUUCUCAGUCGAAGCUGCCGCGUAGCCUGGAGCAUUCUGGAGAAGGCGAAUCUCCCCUACAUCUUGGCUCAAAUGCCACGUCACAACUUAACAAUGACUCCAACGCUUUGUCAACCAAACCUACUGUGUCGCAUCGACGUUCGCAAUCAGCCAUCACCUCACCUCAUAAAUUACUAUAUAUACCCAAGUUGGCUCCCCCCGCGGAAAUUGAUGCUUCACAAGGGUCCUAUCGGCGUCGGCGACCGAACCCCAAUGAGGCUCCCUUGAAACCGUUGAAUAUCAAUGGGGGCGCCGCGUAUCUUGGCCACAAGCGGCAUCGGUCUAGUCAAGAUCUCGGUGGAAUGGGGUCAAUAGAUUCAAUACACAGCUCACCGAGGGUGGUGGGUCUCGGCACACCCUCGAUUCCUCCUCGUCUUCGACUUCCCCACUCCAUCCAGAGGAGUCCCUACGAGUCGAGGCCGCAAUCUCCAAGUACGGCCAUGGAGCAAGACGCGAUUGAAACACUUCUAUUCAUGUCGAGCCCGGAAAACUCCGGCUAUCGAUCAAGUCCUCGUCUCUUGCAGCCUACUCCCACGCAGAGAAGUUUGAACGAGUCGGUGUUUUCUGAAAACUUCGAGCCGGGGCCAAGUGUGGACUCGCAGAGGCAUGGACCACAUAAUGGUGGAUACCCGCAGGGAGGAAGUCUGGGACUGGGGGUGGGGUUGCACUCGGAAGACGAGAUCGAUCGCAUCCUCGACCAAAUGGGAAGCGAUAGUGAGGAUGAAGCUCGACGUGCAUUGAAUCGCAUUGAAGCACAGACGAUUCCACACAAUAAACAAGGCCGAUUAGACUAA